AUGUUCAAAUUUAUACAGGAACGCGAGAAACGGGAGCGCGAACACGAGAAACGGAAGCGUGAACGCGAGAAACAGGAGGAGAAACAGGAACGUGAACGCGAGAAAGAGGAGGAGAAACAGGAACGUGAACGCAAGGAACAGGAGGAGAAACGGGAGCGUGAAUGCGAGAAAGAGGCGGAGAAAUGGGAGCACGAACGCGAGAAACGGGAGUGUGAAUGCAAGGAACAGAAGGAGAAACAGGAACGCGAACACGAAGAGUCGCUAGCAGAAAGGAGGUGGGGCUCAGUCGAGAAACGGGAGCACGAACGCGAGAAACGGGAGCGUGAACGCAAGGAACAGGAGGACAUACGGGAGCGUGAACGCGAGAAACAGGAGAAGAAACAGGAACGCGAACGCGAGAUACGGGAGCGUGAACACAAGGAACAGGAGGAGAAACAGGAACGCGAAUGCGAGAAACAGGAGAAUACUGAGAGACUAGAUAAUAUUGCACGAAUUUUGAAUACGGCGACGAUCCGUGAGCCAGUCCGACGACCAGCCCAGGAGACCGUUCGAGAGGAGUGCCCGGAGGACUGCUUCUACCAGUACCUAGAGUGA